AUGCACAAAAUCCAGAACGUCGCCAAAGAUUACAUCAACGACGAGGAAGUCAGCCAGGUCGUCGCUGCCAACAAACGGCAGCACGUCGCUACCCAACACGGCAACCCGACUCCCCGUCAUAACCCGCCACCCAAAGAGAACCAACGAGACCACCUUAAAACAACCCACCGACCACCAAGAAUAGGAAAAUUCUCCAAUUACACCCCCCUAACAGCACCAAUUACUGAGAUAUACCACCAUAUAGCAGAUCGAGGUGUCAUCCCCAAAGCCCGACCACUCAAGGAAAGGACAGGAGGAAACAAAGCCCUCUACUGCGAUUACCACCGAGGAUACGGCCACAAAACACAAGAUUGUUUCGACCUUAAAGAUGCUCUCGAGCAGGCCAUACGAGACGGCAAACUCCCAGAGUUCGUCAAAUUCAUCAGAGAACCAAGGCGCGCCGACAGAGACAAGUCACCAGAAAGAGAAGGACGCAACCCGAGAACACAAAAGCCGCCCCCCAGGGAAAACCCCGAAGAGGAUUCGACCAUCAUAGUGAACAUCAUCACGGGCAAGGACGUAUCGAAUAAAUCAAAGUUAACAAUGAAAAAAGACCUCAAAAUAAUGGCCGUCAGGCACUACGACCCAGUCACCAUAGCCGACAGCACGAUAACUUUUUUACCGGAAGACUGCCAACACGGCACCUCGACCGAAGAUGCCCCCUUCGUCAUAUCAGCCCGAAUCGGAACAGGGCUAGUAAGAAGAAUACUGGUGGACACUGGCGCCGACUCUAACAUCCUCUUCUGA